UGGUCGGAUACCUGUCUGGUUCAGUUCCCACAUUUAGUCAUUGCGUUGAGCUAGAACCGAGUGGAAGUACACGUUAGUUAAAAUGGCUGGGUUUUUGUUGGUGCUCAUUGCCAUUGGGAGCUUUCUCUUUUGGCUCUAUCAACUGAACAAGGAUUAUUAUGUGCUCGCAUUCUUUUCGCCUCGUGUAAAGACCAAGGAUGGUCGUCCUUUAGAGAGCAUUGCUCCAGUGGCUAAAGGCAGAACAAUCUUUGGCAAUUGCUUUGACUUGUUUGGUUUAACUGAUGCGGAAGCGUUUGAAAAUGCUCGCCAAAAAGCCAACGAAACAAAGAAAAGUUAUAUUGAAUAUAAUAUGACUUUGCCCGUUUACAAUAUAAUUGACGCAGAGGUUGCCGAGUUGGUAUUGAACGAUCAGAGUCUGAUUACUAAAAGCUUCACAUACGACUUUCUACAACCAGCUCUGAGAACUGGAUUGCUGAUAUCUACAGUCGCCGCAAGAUGCUAACACCCACAUUUCACU